GCUGCUGUGUGUGUGUGUGUGUGUGUGUGUGUGUGUGUGGACAUCUAAAAAACUGUAUGUGGCAGCUGUCUUAUCCUCCACACUUUGAAAUGUCCACUUUAAUCCAGAGGCCUUCCUUGCGCACAGAGCUGGGAACUCUCCCUCUUAUGGGCACACGGCCCUCACCGUCCUGCUUUUAAUAAAGUCAAAUCAAGUUGGCAGGUCGGACUCUCCAGGACAUGUUGCCAUUUGCAUUUAGCAUUCUCUACUUUCGCUCCAAUUUUUGUUUUUACCAAAAGUUCUCACUGACCCAUUAUGAAGCUCUACCUGAAAACUUAUACUGUGGGUGGGAGCUGAUGCUGGAGAGUGACCAGCAGGCCUCUACGCUCUUGCUUACUCGUAGUCCUUUGGGUCAUGUGCGGGGAGGCGCUGACCGAUGCAGCAGCUGGCUUCAUUAACAGUAAUCACCCCGGCUCUGAAUUGACUGCCUUCACUGCGUUUACAGCUCCAGGGUAGGCUCUGCGGGUCUGCUGCUACAGCAGUGUUUGUUUUUUUUCUACCUUGGCCUGUGCUUCUGUGGGAAGACAGAUGAGAGUGCGUGUUAUCUACCGACUGCAGCAAGAGCAAUUAAGACACUGACCCACCGGUUGUUUUACACGGCCGCACAUUUUCCGUCUCGCAGCGUUUCUCCCUCUGCUCCUGCUUCAUUAACUCGCCACUGUCCUCCCAAGGGGGAUCAAUAACAACAAUGGGGAGGUGCGUCCGUACCUGCAGCAGCAGCAUGUGUGCCAGCAGAUCACCUACGCAGACAUGUUUACGCUCACGGCGCUGCCGCCCGGCAUCGACAGGGCCGAGUGGCUGGCCAGCAACACUGUGGCCUUUUUCAAGCACAUAAACCUGUUCUCCAGCGCUCUGUCUGAGUUCUGUACGCCCAGCACCUGCCCCACCGCCUGUGGACCAGGCAACACGGUUUUCUUCUGGACUGACGACCACGGAAGGAAGCUGAAGUGCUCCGCUCCUCUUUACUUCGACUAUGCCAUGUCCUACAUUCAGGAGCUACUGACUGAUGAACAAGUGUUCCCAACAAAAGCAGGUUCUGUGUUUCCGGCAGGCUUCGUCUUUAUGGUCCAGAAAGUGUUUUUGCUUUUGUUCAGGACUCUGGCUCACAUUUACUGGUCUCAUUACGAUGAGACUCUCGCGCUUGGUCUGCACCCGCACCUCAACACUCUCUUCACACACUUCACACUCUUUUGCCGGCAGCACGCCCUGCUGGAGCCCGAAGACACCGAGCCCCUACAAGACCUCAUCACUGCUCUGGGGCAACAAGGAUGAACUUUUAGGGGAAUGUACAGUCCUUAAAAACUCAAACAUUUUCAGCUCUAGCUUAUUUAUUUGCCACAACUAUAUGAAUAGU